ACACACUGCCAAUGAAGACCAGAGUGGAUAUUAACGUUACAAGCAAUCACAGAGGAAUAACAUCCCGCUCCAGCUUCACUAAAGGGAAUACCUGCUUUUAGGCUCAAUUACAAAUCACCGGGAUUAAGCGACAUCAUAUUGCAGCUGAACCAUGCCUGUGUCUAGGAUGAGAAUGAGGCCUUGGCUGGAGGAUAAGAUUGAGUCCAACUCCAUCAGUGGUUUGGUGUGGGUGGACAAGGACAAGAAGAUUUUCUCCAUCCCAUGGAAGCAUGCUGCACGUCACGGAUGGGACCUGAACAAGGAUGCCUGUCUAUUCAAGCAAUGGGCUAUGCACACAGGGAAAUUCAUACAAGGCGAGACUACACCAGACCCUAAGACAUGGAAGGCUAAUUUCCGCUGUGCAAUGAACUCCCUUCCUGACAUCAAGGAGGUGAAAGACAAGAGCAUCAACAGAGGGUCUGGAGCGGUGCGCGUUUACAGAAUGCUGAACGUCUGCACAAAGCCAAAUAACAAGAGGUCAAAAGCAAAGGAUGCAAAGAAUAACAACAAGGGGUUAAACAUCAAGACAGAGGAAAUGGACUACAGUGAAACCCAUUGCCCAGAGGACCGCAACACCAACACACACCUGCAGGAUGACAGAAUGACACAGGAGAGCACAGUCGACAGCACAGUCGACAGCACAUACAACCUAGGUUUUACGACGUACGUCCCUGAUGUUACAGACUUUCCCACCUCUGUGGAAAUAGGCCCAGACAGCACCAAUGCUGAUGUUCCAGACUUUUCCACCUCUGUGGAAAUAGGCCCAGAAGGCACCAACGAAUACUACCCGUCUUUCCAAGUGUCACCGGAUCACUCCACAGACUAUGAAGACAGUCUAGAUAUGAAUGAAGAAACCCUUAUUGAGAUUGCAAAGCAUUGGGAGCAAUUGGAACAAUUGGAGCAAUUGGAGCAGCAAGACAGUGUAAACAUCAAGGGUUUCCUGAGCAAUGAAGUAGCCACAGCAGAGUCAUACAACACAGCAGAGUCUAACCACAGUCCAGAGAGCCAAUGGAGUGAUAACUCAGGGUCAGAAAUAGAGCUGCGGUUAUACACAGAACUGAGCCCAGGACAACCAAUGGCUGAAGAUCUCCUCUCUUACACCGACCACUGGGCCCUGAACAACACACUGAACAACAACAUGACCAGUUAUCUCCAACAGAUCUCCUGCCCACUCUGAGCCCAGCCUACUCUUUCUCAGACACUGUUCAGAAACAAAAUACUUUACUCUGACUCUACAGCCUCAAAGACUUCUUCUUUAUUGCGUGACCUCUGAACCUUAAGCUACACCAUGUUUGCCAUUUGACCUCUGCUGCUCUGUGACAGUUGGAGGAUCUCUGAAGUAAUAUAGCAUUUUUUUACAGGAAGAAGACAUUUUUACCAAGUGUCAUGCUCUCUAUUCUGUUUCUGUCUUUGUUAAAUCGUUGUGCUCAUAGCUGUAUUGUUAAUUUACAAGAUCCAUAGUUGUAAUGAGGGCACCUAUCCCGUUGCCAGGACAACACAGAAACUCUCCACCUGGGUGAGCAAUGCUAUCAGUUUUUUCUGUUUUACUGUGAAUUUUCUUAAAUGUAAUUUACACUUGUAUAUACCCAGGAUGAUAAUCAUUCAUAACAAACUAUUAUAAAAAAAUGUCUGUUCAUUUGGUGAAAGGUCUUAAAGAUGUGUUGUUUUGUGUAUUGAAUCUGUAAAUACUGUAUUUGUAUUGAAUAUUUGUGUCGCGAUUUGUUUUAUACAAAAUAAAUAAAAUACCAACUUA